AUGGCAGCAGCGACCACGAGAAACCUCAGCGGAAAAGUGGCUCUCAUUACAGGAGCCAGUUCUGGUAUUGGUGCUGCGACUGCUGUCUUGUUCUUCAAGCUGGGAGCUUCUCUUGUGCUGACUGGACGUAACCUUGACAACUUAUCAGCGGUGGGAGCUGAAUGUGAGAAGAAUUCACAGGAGAAACCUCUACUGCUGAUUGCCGACUUGGACAAGGAGGAGGAUGUGGCUAAACUGGUGACUGACGCCAUCAAACAUUAUGGAAGAGUUGACAUUUUGAUAAACAAUGCAGGCAUUCUUGAAACUGGGAGUAUUGAGAAUACAUCGUUGGGACAGUAUGAUCGAAUCUUCAGAACUAAUGUCAGAUCCAUAUAUCAACUGACCAUGCUGUUGACACCCUACCUGGUUGAGAGCAAAGGAAAUAUUGUCAACGUGUCCAGCGUCAACGGUCUCCGCUCGUUUGCUGGAGUUCUGGCCUACAAUAUGAGUAAGGCUUCUCUGGACCAGUUUACAAGAUGUGUGGCACUUGAACUCGCACCAAAACAAGUGAGAUGUAACUCUGUCAACCCUGGGGUCAUCAUUACAGAGCUACAGAAGAGGGGUGGUUGGAGUGACGAGGCUUACACUGCUUUCAUUGAGAGGUGCAAGAUAACACAUGCCCUGGGCAGGCCAGGACAAGUUGAUGAAGUGGCCAAAACCAUUGCGUUUUUGGCAUCUGACGAUGCUUCCUUCAUCACUGGAGCCACGCUUCCGGUGGACGGAGGCAGGCACGCCAUGUGCCCACGAUAA